AGCCUUUCCAUGGUUCUUUAUUUAAUCUCAUGGUUCAACUUCAAUGGAAUCCAUCGUGCCCAAACGCCAAGUGCUUGACGACGACGAUGGUCUAUAUGAAAGCUCGAAAGGUCGAUCUCCCGAGAAGGCUUUGGAAGAGAUACGUAAGCAAGACACUCAUGAUCUCUAUUGCCCUAAGUGUACUAGUAACAUCACUAAAACAGCUCUAAUCGUUGAAAAGGGAGAUGAUUUUUCUCCCGACGACCAGAAACCUUUCGUGCUCUGGAUCCCUACCUUCAAGUUCCUUUCAAGUUCUCCCAAAGGAUCUGUCGAAAGUAAACCAUUGAAUCCUAAUCUCAGUGGACCAGACGAAGAAAACUCAUCUCAACCUGAAUCCAGUGAACCAGUCGACAAAAACUCAUCGUUUAAUCGUAGUCUCAGCAGUUUAGCUAAAACCUUGGAACGAUUGCCUACUCUUUUACGGAAUUCAAUAAUUAUUCGUAGAGACGAAAAUAGUGCUACUCCUCUACACCAAGAUGGUGCAGGUCAUCAAAGUUCUACGAGCACAUCAGUGUCUGAGCAACGUGGACGUUGGAAAAUUAGUCCCGGUGGAUGGAUAAUUCAUCGUUAAACGCCCAGCAAAUAGACAACGAAUUGACUAUCCUCUCUUCUUACCCCCUAAAAUGAACGAGUUUUUUGUUUGAUUGAAACCCAUAGUAAGUGAUUGAUGAUAGUGUAAUGAUCAUUUUGUACUGAGUUUAAAGCAUAGAAAUCAU